AUGGGAGCUACUAGACCCUUUCAAGGCAAAUUAAAUGUUUUCUUUUGUGUCGCGGGUUUCUUGGUUCUGAUCCUGACUUGUUGCUGGGUGUUACCUGUGUUUUAUGGGCAAUUGUCCCAAAUUCAGCAGGAGCAAAGGGAAUUGGUUGACAUGAUGAUGUCGAAAUUGGCUAAAAGACAAAGUGUAAUCGACAAAAUGUAUAAGAAAUUGGAAAACAUGAGAAACGAAAGAUAUGCCGCGAAAGUAUUGGCGGCUAGGCGAAAAUUGGAAAAAGUCGUAGAUGACCUAGAAAUUAAAAAGAAACGUCGAAUGGAUGCUCAGAAUGUAACCCUCUUCGGAGUUCGUAUUAAAAGACAUGCUUUUACGGAUGCGGACACUGGUUUACUGGCUCCACAGCCAGCUCCUCAACCACUACCUUUUGCGGGGGAGUCAAUUUUUGGAGGAGGUAGCAGCGCGAGCGAAGGUUUUGGCAUUCGUAGCGGAAGUUUUGGUAGUCGCGGCGGGAGUUUUGGUAGUCGCGGCGGGAGUUUUGGUAGCCGCGGAGGGGCCAUAUUAAGUGGUUUUGGAGCACUUUUGCAACAAAGACGCGUUCAACAACAGGGUGGCACCAGCGGAGGCCUCGGAAGUGAUUUUACGGCUAGAAGAGAAGAGGCCGGGCGAGACGAUCCUAGAUACCGUAAUUUGGUCAACGAACUCCUUAGAACGGGUGGCGUCACGGAAGUCGAUUGCGGAUGUCCUCAUGGAAGAAAUGGAUCACCUGGACUAGCUGGCGCGCCAGGUGGCAAAGGAAGACAGGCCUCUCCUGGACCAGAUGGAAGAUCGGGGGAUAGAGGCAAUGAUGGUAGCCAAGGCGAGCAAGGUGGAGAGGGGCCACAGGGACCACCCGGCCCUAUUGGUAACCCAGGAAAUGAUGGUCAGCCCGGGAAAAGGGGUAAUCCUGGAAAACCGGGUCCUCAAGCCUCCGCGGGAAGAGAUGGGCAGCCAGGAAGCGACGGAUUACCAGGCUUACCCGGUAACGAUGGAAUUCCAGCUGAUGAAGGUAUACACGGCAUAGCUGGUAUACAUGGUAACGAUAUUUUAGAUGGUGCCCCGGGUAACCCAGGUAAAGCCGGUACCCCUGGAGCUAAAGGAACUCCCGGUCCAAAGGGUGUGGCUGGCCAAUCCGGCCCAGCAGGUAAUGAUGGAUUGCCCGGAAAUGACGGUGAACCAGGCCAACCUGGAAUCGAUGGUAACCCCGGAAGUAGUGUCAUAUCACCUGGUCCUCCAGGCGACGCUGGAAAUCCUGGAAGGGAUGGUCAACCAGGGCAACCUGGAUCAGAUGGUAAUGAAGGUCGAGACGGCUUCCCGGGAAGUGACGGUAUUCCCGGGCCAGAUGGAAAUCCGGGAUCUCCCGGGGCCCCUGGUUUAGAUGGUAAACCCGGUUCUUUCGGUAAGGACGGCUUUCAAGGACAAGAUGGACGCCCUGGUAACCCUGGACCUGACGGAAAAUUUGGAAGCAAUGGGCAAAAGGGUUUUCCAGGUAUACCCGGUCUUGAUGGUGCAGAUGGAAAUUCUGGCAGUCCUGGUAGAGAUGGUCAACCAGGGCGAGAUGGCUUCCCUGGUCAAGAUGGUAGACCUGGUGAAGAUGGACAACCAGGCAAGGACGGAGAAGCCGGUCUAAAUGGCAAAGACGGACCAGCCGGAGAAAGAGGAUUUGAUGGAAAACCGGGAUCUGACGGUAAUCCAGGAUUCGAUGGAAUAGGUGGUGAAUCAGGAAGAGAAGGAUCUCCUGGCUUGCCCGGAGAGUCAGGCAAUCCGGGGGCUGAUGGAAGACCCGGACCAAAAGGAUUAGACGGAUCCCAAGGACUUAUUGGCGAGACAGGAGCAUCGGGUGAGCCUGGCCGUGAUGGAAGAUCUGGAAACGAAGGCAGACCAGGUGCUGACGGACAAAUCGGCGCGCCUGGCGCAAGAGGUGAGUCUGGACUUUCUGGGUUCCCUGGAAAAGACGGAGAAAAAGGUCCGGACGGAGAGGCAGGCAGAGACGGUGAAUCCGGUCCCUCAGGAAAUAUCGGAAGGGAUGGUCCUUUGGGGACUCCGGGUUCGCCUGGAUCCUGUAAGACACAAUGCACAGCAGAUGCCCGCGUCAUGUCUCUAUGUGGCGGUUCUAAUUACAUUCACUGGGGCAGCAAAACCUGCGCAGACUCUAAUACACGGGCUCAAAUUCUUUACACUGGAUACAUCGCCGGUGGACACUUCUCUGAUGAAUUUCCUGGAGGAGGUCACAAUUACCUGUGUUUACCAGAAAAUCCGGAACUUAAGGGAUAUAUAGCGGGAUUUUCGGGGCCCAACGACCAACCCUUGGCUGGUUUAUAUGGGGCGGAGUAUAGAUUGCACACUAAAUCCAGUCCCUUCAUUACACCUGUCGGAAUUUUACAAGGACAGCAAGCCGUCUGCGCUAUAUGCUAUACUUUCCAUAUGUGUACACAUGUCAUGAUUCCCGGACGAAAGGAAUGUCCUAAAAACAUGGUCAAGGAGUAUUCCGGUUAUCUCAUGUCUCUGAGUAACAGAUUUUCUCGGUCCCAAUACAUUUGUAUCGACAGAACCCCAGACGCAAGUUACGAGGGAGGAAAACGCAAGGGCGAUAUAGGAGGGAGUGCGUUGCAUAUUGUUGAAGUCAAAUGUGGAGCGCUCCCAUGUUCGGCCUAUCCAGAUGGACGAGAAAUAGCAUGCGUUGUAUGCGGCAAAUAA